AUGACCUACCUCGUCACCGAGCCCGCCCCCUCCACAACUUCCUACACCCGCUGCGGCCGCGGCGGCGCAGGCAACGUCUACCGCGGGCCCUCAACUCCCACAACAACCACAAUCUCCUCCACGUCCUCUCAACCCCGUGCCAGCUCAACCCGCUUCUUCAGCGGCAUCGGCGGCGCUGGAAACGCCCACUCUGCCUCCGAGAGACCACCGCCAGCACUCUCCCUCGAGGACGCUGUCCGCCACGCUGCCGCCCGCGAUACCCCCUCCGUCGGCUACUGCGGCCGCGGCGGCGCGGGCAACGUCUAUCGCCGCAAGGAGAGCGAUGCCUCGUCCUCUGGGUCGAGCGUGCGAAGCAGCAUGAGCUCCACGGCCAAACUGUGGGGUCGGGUCACCUCUUUGGGACGGGAGUAG